AUGAAAGUGCAAAAAGGUGGAUUAAAUGAUACUUCUAACCUUUGUUUCUUUGCAGGAACUUAUGGAUCAUAUACUUAUAAAGCAUCUUAUGAUUUAUCCGAUGAUGAUUUGCUUCAUAUUGUCAGAAAUGAUAAUGUUCCAAGAAACUACUAUGGAAACAAUAGAUUCCAUGGAACAUCAUCAAAAGAUGAUCCUGUAAUCUUCACAUUAAAUUCAAAUAAUUCAACUCUUAAUUCAGAUGUUAACAUUUCAGUUUACAGCGAAGAUAUAAUUCCGGAUACAAACAUAACAGUAGAAUUGAAUUCAUCCAAUUAUUCAUUCCUAGUUGGACAAUAUCUUGAUGAUUUCCCUCCAGCAGAAGUUGAUGAUAAGUACAGUGAUAUAGUUUCAAUAUGCCUAAUUGUUAUAUUUGUAUUAACUUCAAUAGGCUGCUUAAUUUAUAGAAUCGUCUCAUAUUUGCGGAAGAAGAAACUCAGAAAGCAGCUUGCAAUAGAAAGGAUGAAUGCUCCUAAGAAGAAGUAUAAGAAAAUUUUCAGAGAAAAACGUCAUUCAAAGAAAAAUAAUCUUGAAGAGCUGGAUUAUAUAUUAAAUAAUGAAGAUGAUGAAACUUCAAAAGAUAAUGCUGUAGCAGAAGCAUGA